AUGAAGGAAACUGAAAGGCCAAUGCCAUCGUUGGCACCGAUCCAGUCCAAAACUAUAACGCUGAGUCAGUCAGUUGGUAGAAAUUCUAACAUACCAGGACUUGGCAUUAUUAAUCCCCAGAUAAUUAGGAUACAGCCUGUUACAGGAACUGAGCAGCAGCAGCAGCUAUUCCUGCAUAGUUCUUCCGAGUCUCCAAUUCAGUUGCUUAUGCAGAGACCUUUGCCGUCUCAUGGAUCAGUGUCUGUGAACAAGAUUCCCACAUCUAAGAUGCUAAAUGGACAGAAAGCUACACGUGCCACAGUAUCGUCUGCAAGGUCUCCAAAUAUUACUAUGGUCGCAGCCAGUUCAGCAAAUACUCUGAUACCAUGCCUUGAAAAAAACCAAAAAGAUGACAAGUUAAAAAAAUCCUUGAAAGUGAAAACUCGUUCUGGACGGAUUUCACGCCCCCCAAAAUACAAAGCUAAAGAUUAUAAAUUCAUUAAAAUGGAGGAUUUGGCUGAUGGUCAUCAGUCUGAUUCAGAUGACUAUUCUGAGCUGAGUAUAGAAGAUGAAGAAGAAGGAAAGGUGAAGGGAAAGGAUGCAUUAUUCAGUUCUUCAAAUUAUAAUCUGAAACCCAAAAUGUUUAAAUGUCAGACUUGUGAAAAAUCUUAUAUAGGAAAAGGAGGAUUAGCGAGACAUUAUAAACUUAACCCAGGCCAUGGACAGCUGGAGUCUUCACCUCAAAAAGUACCUUUAAAUAAGCUUAAUGGAAGUAUGUUUCUGGAUAACACCUGUAGAGUAAGAGAGGAAACGAUGAGUCCAGCACUGGAUUUGGAUUCAAUUGCUGUCACUUUAAAUAACAAAAAUGCACUAGCUACCAAUCUGGAAGAAACUGUUGAUUCAAAGGCUGGAGAACAGACUCGUAAGUCUGCAGAAAGCAGACAUAUGUUGGCAGAACAACAAAAUGAAACCAGUUCAGGACACCGGGGACCCAUCACACCAAAAGGACCUGGAAGACCCAGACGACCAAAGAGACGUGGUCGACCACGGAUGGGUGGAAGAUCUAGGUGUUCUGGAAGGCUUAGCAGACCUGGUCAGUCCCCUUCAAAGUCACUUAGUAGUGUGUCAGCAGAGCACAAUGUAUUCAGAAGAAAAGCUAGGUUAAAAGAGCUAAUACAACAGUGUGAUAAUGAAGACUUAAUGGAGCUGGCUCUCCCACGCCUUACAAAGCUUGUUACAGUAUAUGAAUUUCUAUUGAUGAAGGUUGAAAAAGGGUAUCCAGCCAAAGCUUACUUCCCAGAUGUGUAUAGGGAAUUCGAAGACUUGCAUAAUAUGGUAAAGAAAAUGGCUUAUGAUCACCUCAGUAAUUCUGAUUUGCUGAGUUGCCAGCAGCCUGUUGAAAUAAAAGAUGCUAAGGUUGCUGAAUCACUAGGAAUUACAGAAAUACUCACUGGAGAACGAAAGACGCAAGGUGUAGACUCUUGUUCACAACGUAUAAUUAAAAUGGUUAGUGAGCAAGUGCCUGUGGAGAUACUGGGACAAAAACGGUUAGCUGAGAGCUCAGGGGAGGAACUGUUGCCAUCAGCCAAAAGGACCAAGUUAGAAGACUUAACGGAGAAUGUGAAUAAUGCUUAUGCCAGUCAAGAUGAAGUGAAAGAAAAGAGUGGGAAUUUGUGUACACUGUUUGAAAAAGAUGGUUUUAAUCCAUUAAACGGAGAAAUCCUGCUUUCAGAAGAUAGGCAUAUCACCUGCGGCACAACUGGAAGUACAUUACUGACAGCAGAGGAACAUAAUUCAUUUGCUGAUUCAGGAGUUAGAAUCAAUGCUGAAAAUUCAGGUACCUUCUCCCAGACUGUGAAAAUGAGGAUAGAGUAUUCCCAACCUGUGAACAUACAGGGACCAGAUAUGGCAGGCAACACAUCUCUGCUACAUACUGAAGUUGUAUUGCCUGUUGAAGCAGAUGGCUCACCUGAAUUAGUUCAAGCACACUUUGUGAGUGAGAAUUCAGCAGGUGGACUGUCAGCUCCUAAACUUUGUGACUCUGUGUUGGAGAAUGCAGUGGGCAGUCACAGUACUGACUUACCGACGAGUGAAGAAAAUGGUCACAAUGAAAAAUACCAGAAACUGCAAGAAGAAAACCGUAAUUUUGCAAUUAAAGAACAUUCUGAACAACUUCAUAAUGCUGAUAUGACUGAUGAGAUGCAGGAACUUGAAAAGGUUUUUGCCACAAACAUUGUGCCAAUAAACUACCCACACAGUGCUCAGACUGAGUCGCGCCAGAACCCUGUCCAGGAAUCCUCCCUGUCUGCUCACGUGAACCAUGAAAACUCUUUUAAAGACGUGAAUGCGUUUUCUUGCGGGAUGGAGGAACAACAUGAGUUGGAGAAUACAGUUACUGUAGAUGAAACUGUAGCCUUUGAGAUUACUGAUGAGAGCCAUGACUUUUUGUCUCAGGGACAUGAACAGAUUUUUAUUCAGACUUCAGGUGGGCUUAUCCUGUCUCAUCCAGAUACAGCUGUUUUGUCUCAGGCAGAAGGCAUCGUUAUUGUAACCGAUUCCAAUGGUACUACAAUGCACAUUCGCACACCUGAGGGGAUACCUUUGGAAACUGUGGAAGCACUACUGGCAAUGGAAGCAGAUGGCCAAAGUGAAGAUAUUUUGCUCUCGCAAAGUGAAUUGGAGCCAUAAAUUAGAAAACUGUAUAUGCUUUCUUCUGGAAAAGACUGACUCUAUAAAAUGUAUAUUUUUCUAAUGUGAAUACUGAAAUAAUUGAAAUUUAACUUAUUUGUAAACUGUUUCUAUGCCCUGUACUUUUUAUAACUUAUGUUUAUAUAAAUCUAGCAGCGUUGCAACCAAAAAUUCUAGAAUUAACAUCAUUCUGUUUGCUUUAUAUGUUGGGGGUGGGUGGAAAGUGGAAAUCUGUCAACCCUAAAACUGUUGCACUAUUCCCUUUUGUUACAUAAUUCCUUUUCUCUCUAGCCAUCUAAAAAUACAGUAAGUUGUACUGCUGUUCAGCAGUGAUGUGCUGUGUACUGGCAAGAUGUAUUAUGGGUAAAAUAAAAACUGCAUU